UCACCCAAAAAAAAAAAGGAAAAAAAAAGCAGGGGCUAGGGAUCUCGAUCUUAAACUCGUUCUCUCUGGCGACACCCUCCAACUGUUUCCGGUGAGAUCUCGACAUUGGGUCUGAUCUCGACCCGAUCCAUAAUAUCUCACUGACCUAGAUCCGAAUAACAACCAUGGCUCCAGUUUCGGCUCUGGCCAAAUACAAGCUGGUUUUCUUGGGGGAUCAAUCUGUGGGGAAGACCAGUAUAAUCACUCGCUUCAUGUACGAUAAAUUCGAUAACACCUACCAGGCUACAAUUGGUAUUGACUUUCUAUCAAAAACAAUGUACCUCGAAGAUCGAACAGUUCGAUUGCAGCUCUGGGAUACUGCAGGACAGGAAAGAUUCAGGAGUCUUAUUCCAAGUUACAUUAGGGAUUCCUCCGUGGCUGUCAUUGUCUAUGACGUUGCAAGCAGGCAAUCCUUCCUAAAUACUUCAAAGUGGAUUGAAGAGGUGCGGACUGAACGGGGUAGUGAUGUUAUCAUUGUGCUUGUUGGGAACAAAACAGAUCUUGUGGACAAAAGGCAAGUCUCAAUAGAGGAAGGAGAAGCCAAGGCUCGUGAUCUCAAUGUUAUGUUUAUUGAAACUAGUGCCAAGGCUGGCUUCAAUAUCAAGGCUCUAUUUCGGAAGAUUGCAGCUGCUUUACCUGGAAUGGAAACACUUUCUUCAACAAAGCAAGAAGACAUGGUCGAUGUCAACCUCAAGUCCACCAAUGCAAAUGCAUCUCAGUCACAGCAACAGUCUGGAGGAUGUGCUUGCUGAUAAGCACAUCAUUGAUAUGAGCUCUACUUUUCAACAUUACUCUUAUGCUUCCGUGAUCCUACAAAAUGUUUGUAAAAAAUCUGUCCUCCCCUUUUUUGCGGCAUUGGGCUCUUGGGUUUGGUCGUAUGUUUAAGGAUAUAACUUGAGAGAGGAGAUUUGUUGUAGUAGUUGGGCUAGUCCUAACCUGUCCUAUAUGUGUACGGUUCUUGUGAUCUCAAACAAUCGUGCCAAAUUUACUGUUAGUCAUAUAUUCAGUUUGAUUUUUUGUUUCUGAAA